GGGGCUGCUCGUUACCGUCCACUUUAAGAAAUGGAUUUCAGCCGGAGCCCGAACGGCCCCCGCUGCGCGUGGUUGUAGGACGAGAUCAAAAGGCGCGUGGUGUGCGCCUCGAACGCAUCCGUUUACUUCAGUUGUGAGCAGCGCGUGCUGCUGAUCGGUCGGUGGUGUCAGCUCGAGCGGCCGUCUGUUCUGCUCUCUGUGACUGUGUAGGAGCGCUCGUGUGUGUAUGUGUAGUUUGCGCGUGGACAGGCAGAAUCAAAGACGAAGCAGGCCAGCGCGAGCCAGCAAGAAGGAUCGAGGCAGCCCGCGAGCGCUCAGCUAGCAACGGUUACGGUACACUGCGAGAAAUGGUCACUUAUACACCGGGAGUCCUUCUGCUGCUAACAUGUCUCCAGCACUGCAUGAACGUCCAUGGUACUAAGACGGAAUGUGAGGCCAGCCAGUUUCAGUGUGGGAACGGUCGCUGCAUCCCGUCCGUCUGGCAGUGCGAUGGAGACGAGGACUGCACCGACGGCAGUGACGAGAACUCCUGUGUCAGAAAGACGUGUGUGGAGGUGGACUUCGUGUGUCGCAACGGCCAAUGUGUCCCGAAGCGAUGGCAUUGUGACGGGGAGCCGGACUGCGAGGACGGGUCCGAUGAGAGCGUAGAAAUCUGCCACAUGCGGACGUGUCGUGUGAACGAGUUCAGCUGCGGAGCGGGCUCCACUCAGUGUAUCCCCACCUUCUGGAAAUGUGACGGAGAGAAGGACUGCGACAAUGGAGAGGACGAAGUCGACUGUGGUAACAUCACCUGCGCUCCAAACGAGUUCACGUGCUCCAGCAGUCGCUGCAUCUCCCGUAACUUUGUGUGCAACGGCGAGGACGACUGUGGCGACGGCUCGGACGAGGUGGAGUGCGCGCCGUCCUCCUGCGGCCCCAGCGAGUUCCAGUGUGGAAACUCCUCGUGCAUCCCGGCCAGCUGGGUGUGUGACGACGACGUGGACUGCCAGGAUCAAUCCGAUGAGUCUCCCUCUCGCUGCGGCCGUCACCCGACGCCGCCCGCCAAGUGUUCGACCAGCGAGAUGCAGUGCCGCUCAGGGGAGUGCAUCCACAAGAAGUGGAGGUGUGAUGGAGACCCCGACUGCAAAGACGGCAGCGACGAAGCCAACUGUCCUGUACGGACGUGUGGAUCGGAUCAGUUCAAAUGUGACGAUGGAAAGUGUGUCCUGGGCAGCAGGCAGUGCAACGGCCUCCGAGACUGCGCUGACGGUUCAGACGAGGUCAACUGCAAAAACAUGACUCAGUGUAACGGACCAGAGAAGUUCAAGUGUCGCAGCGGGGACUGUAUCGAGAUGAGCAAAGUGUGCAACAAAGCCCGAGACUGUCCCGACUGGAGCGACGAACCCAUCAAAGAAUGCAACCUCAACGAGUGUCUCCUGAACAACGGCGGCUGCUCUCACAUCUGCAAAGACAUGGUGAUCGGCUUCGAGUGCGACUGCACGCCUGGACUUCAGCUCAUCGACCACAAGACCUGCGGAGACAUCAACGAGUGUAUGAACCCCGGCAUCUGCAGUCAGAUCUGCAUCAACCUGAAGGGCGGCUACAAGUGUGAGUGCCACAACAGCUACCAGAUGGAUCCUACUACCGGAGUCUGCAAGGCUGUUGGUAAGGAGCCCUGCCUGAUCUUCACUAACCGCAGAGACAUCCGCCGCCUCGGCCUGGAGAGGAAAGAGUACACUCAGAUCGUGGAGCAGCAGAGGAACACCGUGGCUCUGGAUGCUGACUUUGGCCAGCAGCUGAUCUUCUGGGCUGACUUAGGCCACAGGGCCAUUUAUAGCACUGUGCUGGACAAACGGGGCGACGUCGGCACUCACAACAAAGUGAUCGACAGCGUCCAGACUCCUGUGGGCAUCGCUGUGGACUGGAUCUAUAAGAACUUGUACUGGACUGAUCUCGCCACCAAAACCAUUUCUGUUUCCAACUUCAACGGAACCAAGCAGAAGGUUCUGUUCAGCAGAGGCCUCAAAGAACCAGCAUCCAUCGCCGUGGAUCCACUGUCCGGGUUUCUGUACUGGUCUGACUGGGGCGAGCCGGCCAAGAUUGAGAAGUCUGGGAUGAACGGAGCUGAUAGGCAGGUUCUGGUGGGGACGGACAUCCAGUGGCCGAAUGGAAUCACUCUGGAUCUGAUCAAAGGCAGGCUGUACUGGGUCGACUCGAAGCUGCACAUGCUCUGUAGCGUGGAUCUGAACGGAGACAACAGGAAGAAAGUGCUCCAGUCUUCAGAGUACCUGGCUCAUCCCUUUGCGCUCACUGUUUUUGAGGAUCGAGUGUUCUGGACGGACGGUGAGAAUGAAGCCAUCUACUGCGCAAACAAGUUCACUGGCGCUGACGUGGUGACGCUCGCCAGCAACCUGAACGACCCGCAGGACAUCAUCGUGUACCACGAGCUGAUCCAGCUGUCGGGUACUAACUGGUGUGUGGAGAAAGGUGAGAACGGGGGCUGCAGCUACAUGUGUCUUCCCGCACCGCAGAUCAACAAACACUCUGCCAAAUACACGUGUGUGUGCCCCGACGGACAGGAGCUGGCCGCCGACGGGCUACGCUGCAGGCCCGACCAUUCUGCCAAAGGUCACUCAAAGGAUGACGGGGAAGCUCUGAUACAACCACCCUCAGAAGCCAACGUGAGCACGUCGAUCCAGGUGAACUCCACAGCAAGAGGGUCAGCUGCUGCCUGGGCCAUACUGCCAGUCUUGCUGCUGGCGAUGGCAGCGGCCGGUGGAUACCUGAUGUGGAGAAACUGGCAGCUGAGGAACCAGAAGAGCAUGAACUUUGACAACCCCGUCUAUCUCAAGACUACAGAAGAAGACCUCAACAUCGACAUCACCCGGCACGGCGCCAACGUGGGUCACACCUACCCUGCGAUUUCCAUAGUGAGCACAGAGGACGAUUUAUCAUGAUCGUCCUCCUCUUCUUUCUUUCCUGCGGCCCGUAGUGUUGCACGACGCAACCUCGUUACCAUGCCUACGGUUCCGUCGCAGCAGCCCUUACUGUACGACCACAUGCCUUCUGAAGUGCAUUAUCUUUGGAGAGGAUGACUUGAGGAAUUGUUAUUUAUUAUGUGAAUACUACAAUGAAUUACGUGUCCAUAACUGUUUUUCACUCGUCCAUGUGAUGAGGAUUAUUUCCCCUUUUUCGGGUCACUGCUUCCUGAUUUUUGCCCCCGCCUUUUUUGAAGGAGGGAAUCGGACGCCAAAUGAUCACGGAGAGAAAUGACUGUUCCAACUGACAGGAGGACGCAGGAUUUCUCUCUGCUAACAGAUCUACUGCUGGACAGGAUUUCAAACUGGAUCUGAGCUGUCGGUAUUAAAUGGCGUAAUCAAGACACUUUCCAUCAUAUUCUAAGUUGAGCAGAGGGAAAAAGAAUCAUGGGUGAUAUUGGUCUAAACUCUUAUCCAUCAGAUGUGUUAAUAUUUAUUUUCCAAGAUCAUUUUGUUUUUCUUUCCAACUCUUCCUCCUGGAGUGCAUUCAGACGAGCUGUUCUUUCUACCAAUGUUUAUUAUAAUCAUUAUAAGUAUUAUUAUAUAGGCUUUGUAAGAUCACCACAAUUACAGCAUUUGUAAACAUUGUAUAUAUUUACCCAUUAUCCCUCAAAGACAUUACCGUCAAUCAGGACUCUCUUCGAUGCACUUUGAUCAAAUGUUCCUCGUGUAAAUAAGAUUGUAUACAUUUGACUUGAAAUUAAUUUUUUGCUAUGGUUGGGCAUUGUACAAGGGUUAGAGUUCAAAUGUAUUUAACAAGAAAGAAAAAGCAGGAAAAAAAUAACUACUGAAUUUGGUAAAACUAUUUUGUAUGUUUGUGUGCUGUUGCUGUGAACUUUUUCUAGCCUUGUACAGUGAGAGGGGGGGGGGAUAUUAUUAGAGGGUAAACGCUCUGUAACUGUGAAGAAACUGAGAAUCACUUGAGAAUUAAAACCUAAUCCACAACGUUGUUCAAA